AUGGCAACUGAUGCUACUGGUCCCGUGAUGGAUCGUACCACGAACACCAUGCAACCUAACGCAUGGGAAUGCGUAUGUGCACACAUCAAUCCAAUUCAGAAUCCUGAAUCAUGUGUGGGGUGUGGUGCAUCGCUGGAUCUCACCAGCUGUACGCUUCUUCAUAUUGCAAUGCCUAAUAAUUCUGGUUCCACCCAAUCGCAGGGGAGUGGUCCUUGUGCCUCCUCCAGUGCAUAUGAAGAUGAUGAUUUUAGCGAGUAUCUUUAUUGGUUCUCGAAGUACAUGGCCACUCUUCAAUGGACCAUGCGACUUUGGAUUGAGCACACGAGAGCAAGCUUUCCAACCAAUAUCGAAUUCAUGGCCGAAACUGCAACAUUCACGAGAUUCCAUUCGCCCUCAAUAAUUGAUCGGAUCAAGCUCUAUUGUGAAGACUGGAUGGGCGGACCUGUUCGAUGGGAGCUUUUGAACCCUCCCAAAACCACAAUUGCACCUGGCAAAGUUCGCUUUCAGUGGCGGGACUACGAAAGAUUUCGCUAUAGUUUGGUCGACAUUCCUGAACCAGUUGCUGCAUCCAUGGAGCAGAUCAUUGUGCUUUGGGGCAAGGUGAUGGGAUGCAAAGCCCAGGUAACUGAAAUUGGACCUGCGAGCAUACACCGUCUACGCAAUGAAUAG